CCAACGUCGUGAUAUGGCUAAACCAAGCAAGCUUUCCAAGUGGUUGCGUUCCGGUGUAAUCGAAAGGAACAUAAAGAAUACUUUCAGCGCCACUUUAAAUGCGUUAUACAACGUCUGUCCUCUGGAAAUUUCCCGCAGAUCACUCCGUGACUCGCUCCAUGAUAUCUUGUAUAAAGAUCCGGACUUUCGUAAAAAGUCUCAAGCCCAUACUACGAUAUUUGGCUGGUUUGAAGAUGAAAAAUUAUCCACCUCCUCUACCUCCUCUAAAUUGCCUAAAGGAACUACGAUAUUUAAAAAAACGCGACUUUAUUCAUCCACAGUGUAUGGACCUUGUGGAACUGUCAACAACCACAGUACUAGAACCACUCGUGAAUCUUCUCCGGAAGUACAGCAAAACUUUUCCUUUACCGAAAACGAACAGGGGGCAGUAAUAGAGCCUUUUGUUAAUCUUGCAGAAAAAGCAAUUUAUGAGUUUCUGGUUAAAAAUGAAUCAGUCAUUCCUCUAGAGGUUGUCGAAAGAUUCGUGGCUAAACAGCGUCCUCCUGUUAGCACAGAUUUCAAUAAUGCAGAUCUUCUGUGCAUGCUAAAUUUUUUAAUAGAAAAUAUUACCAUUUUCUUAAAAAAAUCUGUAUUCCACGGCCGAUUUAAAGCCAACCCUGUUGAAUUGCUAACUAAUUUUAAAAUGAACGUAAGAAAUAAAUUGGCACAUGGGAUCGUGAUUAAUGAAAAAGGUCGCUGGAGCGAUCAUGCGCUUCAACAUGUCACAAUAUUAGCGUGCGAAGUUAUCAUUUGUCUUGGUGGUAAUUAUGAAGAUGUAUCUGCCAAAAAGGAAAACGUUGAUAGAGAAAUAACUAAAAGAUGGGUUAAUAAAGCUUCACAAGAAAAAAAAUUGGACGUAGCGCCUGGUGAUAAAGAGAAUGUUGACCCAUCUCAAAAACGAAAGUUGGAUGAAACACUUGAUAAUAUAGAGAAUAUUGAUACACCACGGAAAAAGAAGGCUGAUGAUUUGAAUUUCGGGGAAAUAACAGAUCUCACACUUGACAUUCUUGGAGAGUUGGAAGAAACCGAGAAGGACGACAAGAAAAAGAUGUUAAAAUUAGCUAUGGAUGAAAAUGAAUGCAUAUUACUAUAUAAUACGAUAAUGGCUUUGUCUGUUUUUGUAUCUAUAGAAUUUGAAGAUGAAGAAUCAAGGAGAAUGAAAAUAAGAGUUGGUGUGGUCAGUCUGGGAGCUGAUUGCUUUUCCAAGGGUGAGAUUAAAUCGGCAUUUGCAUGGAAACGUAAUUGUGAUCAUGUGAUUACAAACAUUCUGAAAAAAUGGUGUUACUAUAUUUGGAGGGGUGUAGUUUCUUCCGGACUCGUUGGCUUAACUGAGGAUAAAUGA